CGGAAAGAGUGCCAUGACGUUGGCAUCCAUGGCCGCUCCCUUCCUUUCUCUAUCUCGUCUGAGGCGCGUGCGAGUCCUGACUCUCCGGUCUCCAUUCGACGGUUAAGAUGGCCAAGCGGACCAAGAAGGUCGGUAUUGUUGGGAAGUAUGGCACCAGAUACGGUGCUUCCCUCAGGAAGACGGUGAAGAAGAUGGAGGUCACUCAGCAUGCUACCUAUACGUGCACCUUCUGUGGCAAGGAGGCCAUGAAGAGGACAUGUGUAGGUAUUUGGGCUUGCAAGAGAUGCAAGAGGACUGUGGCCGGAGGAGCAUAUAUUUAUGCCACAACUGCAGCAGUCACCGUGCGUUCUGCUGUGAGGAGAUUGCGGGAAAUGAAAGAGCAAUGAUUCAUGGUGCCGUGAAUAAAUUUCCCGUUCAUA